AUGUCCAUGUCCUCCAACCACGACCUGCCAGCGCCGGAUAACAAUCAACUCGACCCAGGAUUCAUACUCCAAAAAAUGACACCUAACAUGCAUAUUGACUUCGUCGUAUCACUGGAGUCUAAGGCUUGGAUGAUUCUGGAUGAAGACAAGGUGACCCGACGCAAACGGGUUGCCCUCCCAGGUCUCUAUACCGAAGCCAUACCUAAAGCGCGCUUGCAUGCUGCAAAGGAAAAAGCUCGUGUCCCUCCAGAUAUCACUCUAACUGAUUGGAAUGACUUCUCCGUGAAGAAAUGA